UUAUGCAAUUAUUGUCACUACUCAAUACCUAUGCUACGAAAUGUGUCAAUGUUCCAUGAAAGUAACAAGUAUCUAAUUCUUGUCUGUAACUAUCUGAUUGCUCUGCGGAGUUUGCAAGAAUUGAUAGAUUAAGAGGAAAAGAGGAGGGUUGUGGGUGUGUUUUAGUGAAGAUUAAGGAAAGAUGAUGAUUGAAGAAGGUAGUUCAACUCCAAGAAGCCCAGAAGCCAAGGUGGGGAUGCAAGUGGAGGAUUUAUGGGAUGUUCAAGAACCUCAGUUGAGUCCUACUGAGAAGCUUAAUGCUUGUUUUGAGAGCAUCCCAGUUUCUGAUUUUCCUCCUGCUCCAUCUUCCCAAGUUGUUGAGAUAAACUCAGAUUCCAGCUUGGCUGAAGUGGUCAAGUUACUAGCCCAACAUAAAAUCCUGAGUGCACCUGUCGUGGAUGUUAAAGCUCCAGAGGAUGCGAGUUGGAUUGAUAGAUAUAUCGGAAUUGUUGAGUUUGCUGGGAUUGUUGUAUCGAUCCUACAUCAGUCAGAAAAAAUGGAUGGAUCUGCUGCAUUAGCUUUUGAGCUGUUCAGUGAAUCUGAGGAUGGCAUUGGUCCUGCUGUUGCUGCGGCGGCUAAUGGAAUGUCUUCCCCAAGAUAUAGAAGUUUGCACCCUGAAUCUCCUACUGCAACUUCUGGGGACUUUUUUGAGACCUUGACUUCUUCUGACUUCUAUAAGAACACAAAGGUUGGAGACAUAUCAGGGUCAUUCCGCUGGGCUCCAUUUCUCGCCCUGCAAAAAUCGAACUCUUUCUUGACAAUGCUUUUGCUGCUAUCCAAGUACAGGAUGAAGAGUGUUCCUGUGGUUGACCCAGGGGAACAAAAGAUUGAUAACAUCAUUACUCAAUCAGCUGUCAUUCACAUGCUUGAAGAAUGUGCUGGCCUUCAUUGGUUUGAGAGCUGGGGUUCAAAGAAACUAUCUGAACUUGGUCUCCCUCUAAUGAAGCCCAGCCACAUUAUUAAGGUCUAUGAGGAUGAACCAGUGCUUCAGGCUUUUAAAUUAAUGAGACAAAAAGGAGUUGGUGGGAUUCCUGUUGUUGCAAGUAAUGGAAGAAAGGCUAUUGGUAACAUAAGCAUCAGAGAUAUUCAGUUCCUUCUACUUGCACCAGAGAUAUACAAAGAAUUCAGAUCUAUCACGGCCAAGAACUUCCUGACAGCAGUUCGAAGCUAUCUGGAGGAGCAUCAAAAGGAUUCCCCACUCUUGAAGAACAUGGUAACAUGCACAAGAGACAGUACACUUAAAGAUGUUAUUAUGAAGCUUGAUUCCAUGAAAAUCCAUCGGAUAUACGUCGUUGAUGAUCUGGGAAAUCUAGAGGGGGUGAUCACGCUAAGAGACAUCAUUUCAAAGCUAGUGCAUGAGCCCCGUGGUUACUUCGGGGAUUUCUUUGAUGGUGUCUUACCAUUGCCAGCAAACAGCAGGGUUUAACAUCAGGAAAUUCACUGGCAAUUCCUCGAUGGUGAUACCUGUCUCUCUUAUGGAGGAUUUCAGAAUCUAACAUCCUUUGGCAUGUUCAUUUUCUGUGCUUUUGUUGCUCAAAAGCGGCUGCUGAAAGUGAUGUUUCCUUUUAGACGAGUUUCAUGUAGUUAGUGACACCUUUAUUUCUCUCUGACGUGUUGCAUAGAUGACUUCCAGCGACUAUCUUUUCUUAAUAAAUUGAGGAAAGAUUUUUAAGUAUAUUUUGAGUACCAGAUUUUUCUUCAACA